AGAACAGACGAUGGAAGCAACCAAGAAGGCGUAUCUUAUCUUCUACAGUACAUAUUAAAACGCACGAAAGUGAAACCAAUAAAGAUUCUUUUUCUUUUUGAAACAAAAAUGCUAGAAAAAUAAACAUGGCUUACUUGCAACAGAGUCUCUACUCCGCCGUUAGGCGAGAGUUUACUUAUCAGGGAAGGUCCGGUCAAGGAAAAGAUCAAGAGAAGCUGACUUGGAGACGUUUUCCUGUGAAAGUACGGUGCGCAUCGACCGAGUCGUUAACGAGUUUGACUCAGAAUCAUGCGGCGGAGACAGAGUUAAAGUAUCUGGUGAGUCAGCACGGGUGGGACGUGAGGAGAUUGAAUAGAGACGACGAGGAUGAGAUUAGGAGAGUGUCUCUUGUUCAAGCUGAUGCUUUCCACAUCCCUCUUGCUCUUUUUAAUGAUUUCUUCUUUCUGUUUUUUCAGGCAGAGGUACUCUCAGCACUUCUUUACAAACUAAAGAAUUCACCACCUGACAGAUAUGCAUGUCUUGUGGCGGAGCAAACGAGUGAAGCUGAAACAUCGUCGAGCACUAGUGUUGUCGGAGUCGUUGACGUCACAGCUCAGACUGAAAGUUCAGUACUUUGCCAUUUCCCUGGUGUUGAAGAAUAUCUUUACGUUUCGGGAUUAGCCGUCUCAAAAGCUCAAAGGAGAAAGAGGAUGGGAAGUACAUUGUUAAAGGCAUGUGAUGUUCUGUGUUAUUUGUGGGGCUUCAAGCUACUUGCUCUAAGAGCUUACGAAGACGAUGCAGCUGCUAGAAAUCUGUACUCAAACGCUGGUUAUGACGUGGUCGCUACUGAUCCCUUGUGGACCUCUACAUGGAUCGGCAGAAAACGCCGCGUUCUUAUGACUAAACGCUUUUCUUAGACUGUUUUCUUCUUGUAUAUUUUACAUUAGCAUUGCACAUUGCAUUGACAAUAAUAAACACACUACCAUCGAAUUGGAUACA